GCGGAAGACGGUCGCUCAAUAGCACACAAGGAUCGACUCUUACAGGAGAUUGACUCAUUCAUUGUUUUCUUAUGAUUUAUAGCUCAGCAAAUAUCUGUGUGGAUAUUGCAAAAGCGGACUGCAGAGUUUGUUGUGGACUCGACAUGGCCAAAGCAGCAGAAAAAGCCUACUACCGGUUUGUGGUCUUGUUUUUCAAUUGCAUGCUGACAUUUGGCUCUUAUUUCUGCUUUGAUAUUCCCAGCGUCCUGCAGGAUCAGUUUCAAGGGAAAUUGACGUGUCCGAACGGGACGUUGAGUAACAGCACUGGUAAUGACACAGGAGGGUGUGUGGAAGGUUUGGGAAUGACGCCGCAGGAAUAUAAUCUGCUUUACGCCAUCUACGCCUGGACGAAUGCUGUGGUGGUGAUCAUGGCUGGGUUCCUUAUUGACAAACUGGGAAACCGCUUUGGCGUGUUCCUCUUCUCAUUCCUGACUGUAUUGGGCUCGGCCAUCUUUGCGUUGGGAUCUCAUUUUAAAGGCACAACGUACCUGCUGCCUCUCAUGCUGACGGGACGACUUCUGUUCGGUUCUGGAAACGGUUCCCUCACCAUUGUGCAGAACCGCAUCACAGCGUUCUGGUUCCGCGGGAAGGAGCUGGCGCUGGCGUUCGGACUGACUCUGGCGUUUUCCCGGUUGGGUUCCGUUCUGAACUUUUUCUUCACUCAAAGAUUCGAGUCUCAGUACGGCAUGCAGUGGACGCUGUGGGGAGGCACAUUUCUGUGUGUUCUUGGGUUCUUGUCGGCUGUGACGGUCAGUGUUUUGGAUAAGAUGGGCAUGAAGCAGCUCGGGCUGGAUGGAGUGAUUCAGGAGGAGUCGCGUAAAGUGAGAAUUCAGGAUGUGAAGCGUCUCUCUCUCAGAUACUGGGUUCUGGUUCUUACCAUCAUGUUCUUUUAUAACGGGAUCUUUCCCUUCAUUGCUGAUGCCAGUAAGUUUAUCCAGGAUAAAUACAGCGGGUACAGUCAGAAGGAAGCGGCGUACAUUGCAGGUGCUGUGUAUGACAGUUCUCUGGUCCUCUCUGCUGCUGUGGGAAUUCUUAUUGAUUAUGUGGGUCUGCGUGGAGUGUUUGCAGUGUUGUGUGCUGUCUUGACUCUUCCUGUGUUUGGACUUCUGGCCUUCACUUUUGUCCCUCCUCUUGUAUCAACCAUCUGGCUGGGCAUCACUUAUUCAUUUGCUGCUGCGAGUAUGUGGCCCUCUAUUCCUCUAGUCGUGCCUCAGGCCACAUUGGGCACAGCGAUGGGACUGGCUACAUCAGUACAGAUGAUUGGCAUCGGUAUUUCUAACCUGGUGGUGGGUCAGAUUCUGGGAACCAAGUCAAGUGAUGUUAAGAUCCCACUGUGGAGAUGGCAAUAUAUGAUGAUCUUUAUGCUGGCCAACACUGUCAGCUGCAUCAUCACCUCUAUCAUACUCAACAUCAUCGACUACAAACAGGGGAACACUCUCAAUAAGAUGACUAAGAGGUCAUCAGCUCCAAGCUCUGUGUCUCAGACCGACAGAGAACCGCUGGUGAAUGAAGAGAGAGAGGACAAUGAAGAGAUAACUGAUUCGCCCUCCAUCAACAGAACCUGAAGGAAAUCAGCUUCUAUGUGUUUCUCUAUACUCUAAACUCUGGGACAUAACAGUGCGACUAAAGGGAAAAUGUACAUUUGUUUUCAAAAAAGUGUCAUAUGAUGUUCAGUAUUAACACUAACACACAGUACAGAAUUCACAUACUCCUUGAUCUUCAGAUGGCAUUGAUUUCUGAACACUCUUUAAACUUCUGACUGGCAGUAUUUUUAAUGUUAUAAUUGUAACAUAAAUUAGAUAUAACAUAUUAUAGGGUAAUAUUGUAUCUUUCUCUGUAGUGGAAUUUCUUAAUCUGUGCUUUUCAUUUGGAUGAUUUUACGAUAAAUUAUUAAAAUGACGGUUAUUGAUUUAUUUGUGAAGCAAAUUUACAAACAUCAGGAAAAAAUGUUAAUGAAUAUGGGACAGAUUUAUAAUGCAUUUUAAUAUUGUGUGACCUUGUUUUUACAGCUGCUUACAAAAUUAUAGAAUAAUGUGCACCCAUUUUUUUCUUUUUUAAUAAUACAAAAAUAAAGUUUUGUACUACA